CACCAGCACCGGCACCGGCACCAGCACCGGCACCAGCACCAGCACCGGCACCAGCACCGGCACCGGCACCGGCAUCAGCAUCAGCACCGGCAUCAGCACCAGCACCAGCACCGGCACCGGCAUCAGCAUCAGCACCGGCAUCAGCACCAGCACCGGCACCGGCACCAGCACCAGCACCGGCACCGGCAUCCGCAUCAGCACCGGCAUCAGCACCAGCACCGGCAUCAGCAACAGCACCAGCACCAGUACCAGCACCGGCACCGGCAUCAGCACUGGCACCGGCAUCAGCACCAGCACCGGCAUCAGCACCGGCAUCGGCACCGGCACCGGCACCAGCACCGGCAUCRGCACCGGCACCAGCACCGGCACCGGCAUCAGCACCGGCAUCAGCAUCAGCACCGGCACCAGCACYGGCCCCAGCACCGGCACCGGCAUCAGCAYCRGCAYCRGCAYCAGCACCGGCACCAGCACCGGCAUCAGCACCAGCACCAGCACCAGCACCGGCAUCAGCACCGGCACCAUCAUCAGCACCACCAUCAGCAUCGGCACCAGCACCGGCAUCGGCACCGGCAUCAGCACCGGCACCAGCACCGGCACCAUCAGCACCACCAUCGCCACCAGCAUCAGCAUCAGCACCGGCACCGGCACCAGCACCGGCACCAGCACCACCAUCAGCACCAGCACCGGCAUCAGCACUGGCACCGGCAUCAGCACCAGCACCAGCACCGGCAUCAGCACCAGCACCGGCACCGGCAUCAGCACCGGCAUCAGCACCGGCACCGGCACCAGCACCGGCAUCAGCACCGGCACCGGCACCAUCAGCACCACCAUCGGCAUCAGCAUCAGCACCAGCACCAGCACCACCAGCACCAGCAUCAGCAUCACCACCAUCAGCACCACCAGCAUCAGCAUCAGCACCGGCACCGGCACCAGCACCGGCAUCAGCACCAGCACCACCAUCAGCACCAGCACCGGCAUCAGCACCGGCACCGGCAUCAGCACCAGCACCAGCACCG